AUUAGUAGGUAGUAAACUAUUAAGUGGUGAAGUUGUGCUCAUAGUAAAUAUGGUUACUACUACGUCCGCUUCGUCCGCUGCGACUAUGAUUCAACCGGCCAGUGCUUCCCCUACGCCUAGUUUGCCUAGUUCGCCUAGUUUAGUACCAGCGGAGGGGAAUACCGGAGUAAGGAGGAUAAGCGACAAUCGAAGGAGCAACAAGCCCAUUAUGGAGAAAAGGCGGAGGGCGAGGAUUAAUAACUGCCUCAACGAACUGAAGACGCUCAUAUUGGACGCAAUGAAGAAAGACCCGGCGAGGCACUCGAAACUGGAAAAAGCCGACAUCCUGGAAAUGACGGUGAAGCAUCUCCAGAACCUCCAGCGACAGCAAGCCGUCAUGUCGGCGACGACAGAUUCGGCGUCUUUAAACAAAUUCCGAGCGGGUUUCAGCGAAUGCGCUUCGGAGGUGGGCCGGUUCCCCGGCCUGGAUCCCAUCGUGCGGCGAAAACUGCUCCAGCACCUCGCCACAUGCCUGAGCCAAGGCUCCAAGAUCCACGAGUCGCCCCAAGUGCAAGUGCACAUACUGCCCAAUCAGAAGCCCUUGGAGCCGACGGGCCCCCACGGCAACGGGAUCAUCCUUAGCAAUAGUAACGGUACAAGUUUACAAUUAGUUCCUACCCGACUGCCCAACGGGGAUAUAGCUCUAGUGUUACCAACGUCGCUGCAGGCGCCGACGUUACCUUCCCCAGUGCCCACGCUUAUUCCCAUAAUGCCGGAAAGAACCGGUUCGGCCGCUUCGGGGACCAGCGGGUAUUCGAAUUACUCUCCCAGCCACAGCCCCGAACCGGCGGACUCCGUCUACAGCCAGCCGCUGUCUUUGGUGGUGAGGAAGAUGGAGCCCAUGGACGAGGAUAAACCUUGGAGGCCUUGGUGAAUCGACGUGAUUUUGACUGAAUCGAAGAAGCCGCUAAGCCGGGAUGUGAAAUAAUUGUCUCGCAAUAAACAAAUGUUUUUAAUAUGUGAAAAUAUGAGAUGGAGUGCCUUAAAUGAAACUGAUUGCGCUAAAAUGUCUACCAAUCAUCGCAGGGGGAAUAAAGACGAUUAACAUGCAAUACUUUAUUAUUAUUUACGUUUAGACUACGAAAUAUUUAUAUUUUUGUUUUUACUAAUCAGAAUAAUACUUACACAAAUACAAAUCACAAAUACUUUUUCUUUUUGUAAGAAGAACUGGCUGCGCUUUUGAAUAUAAGCCUAGUAAUAUAUUUUUUAUUUUGUUCAAUCGUAAUUCAUUUAUUUUAUUUAUUGCAGAUUCUAUUAAUAUAUCAUUUUUGAUAAAACCUAACCUUACUCAUAUAUCUUGCGAAAGAAAUUGAUAGAUAUCCAUUGUUAACUAGCCUAAUGAUAGGUAGAAUUAGUGGCGUUUGUGAUAUUUUUAGUGCCUUUGUUGCACUAAUCAGCAUUAAGAAGAGUAUAUUUUAACAGAUAUUUUAUUUGAGUGCACAGUAUUAUAUAAUUUCCUUUUGUAAUAAAAUUUGCCUGCGAAUUUGACUUAGAUAAUUAAAAUUGUUGUUAGGUACUUGAAGACUUUCAAAACUACUACAUCAUGCAUCAAAGAAUAAAUCAAUAAAUUAAUGAAAAAUAAUCAAUAGUGCAAAUUCAAAUCAUUAUUCUCAACAUAAAACUGCAUAUUAAAGGUACGCAUACAAAAUUUAUUAAAUGUUUACCGACAUUUUUCGAUACUGUGUAUUGAGCAUUGCUUGUAUUCUAUUACAUAGAAUCGAAUUAUUCACUAUGCUAAUACUAAAAUAUAAUUUUAAGUAAAAUCGUUUUUACCAUAUAUUUUUUGUUUUAACAUUUCGAACGGUUGAAUUGUUAUGUUAUUGUGAUGGUAUAGUUGAAUAUUAUUAGUACAUAUGUAUAUAUUUUUAUAUUAAAAAAGUGCCUUAAAAAUAGACAGCAAAAUCUAGAUUGUCUUCCUUAUAAUAUUACAUUACAUACUUUAUACUAAGGGAAUAUUGUUAGUAACAAAUAAACAAAUCAAAGUAA